AGGGAUGGGGUGAGGGGGAGCAGGGACCGAGCCUGUCCCUGACCCCGUGUGUCACUGCGGAGGGCAGAUUAGGGUGAGGAGAUGAGGGGUGCCAGCUCCUUUGGGGGAACCCCUCAGGGUAUGGAGGCGAUGAGGGGUGCCAGCUGCCUUCAGGGACACCGGUUCUCCUCAGAAAACCCAGUUCUCGGGACAUGAUGGGGCUGGAUCCCCUCAGGGACACCAAUUCCCCUCAGAAAACCCCGCUCCCCUCAGGACAUGGUGGGUUUGGAUCCCCUCAGGGACACCGGCUCCCCUCAGGAUGUGGCUGAUGGGGGCUGCCCGGUUUCCUCAGAAGACCCCGCUCCCCUCAGGACGUGGUGGGGCUGGAUCCCCUCAGGGCCACCAGCCCCCCUUGGGGCCAUCAGGUCCCCCUCAUGGCCACCAGCCCCCCUCAGGCCGUGGCAGCCCGGGGCCGGCUCCCCUCAGGGCCGCGCUGUGGCGGCUGCCGCGGGUCCCUGCGGGGCGGGCCGGGGCGGAGCAGCCGCUUCGGUGCCGCCUCCCGUUGCCGACAAGGGAUGAGGUAAUCGGGGAAGCGGCUGAAAUUGAAGCCCGGCGGUGGUGGCGGUGGUGGCGGAGGCAGCGUGAGGGGCAACCCGGGGCCGAGCCGAGCCCAGCCGAGCCGAGCCGAGCCGGGCCGGGGGCAGCCCGGAGGGGGGCUGAGGGCGCCGCGCCAUGACGGAGCGCUGCAGCCUGUGGAGCGCCCUGUCGGCGGCCGCCUGCUGCUUCUACCGAGGCUCCUUCAUGCAGGUCCAGUUCUCCAAGGAGAAAUACAUCCUCGACUCAUCACCGGAGAAGCUUCACAAGGAGCUGGAAGAGGAGCUGAAGCUGAGCAGCACUGACCUGCGCAGCCACGCCUGGUACCACGGCCGCAUCCCCCGGGAGGUGUCGGAGAGCCUCGUGCAGAGGAACGGCGACUUCCUCAUCCGCGACUCGCUCACCAGCCUGGGCGACUACGUGCUGACGUGCCGCUGGCGCAACGAGCCCCUGCACUUCAAGAUCAACAAGGCGACGGUCAAAUCCAGCGACGGCCACAGCCGCGUGCAGUACCUCUUCGAGCAGGAGAGCUUCGACAACGUGCCCGCCCUCGUCCGCUUCUACGUGGGCAACCGCAAGGCCAUCUCCGAGCAGAGCGGUGCCAUCGUCUACUGCCCCAUCAACCGCACCUUCCCCCUGCGCUACCUGGAGGCCAGCUAUGGGCUCGCCAACGGCAAGCACGGGGCGCCCCACAGCCCCGCCGCCCAGAAAGGGGGGCACAUCAAGAGGAGGAGCAUCACCAUGACGGACGGCCUGACGGCCGACAAGAUCACCAGGGCUGAGGGGUGUCCCACCAGCGUGUCCCUGCCGCACCACAGGGACAUCAUCCGCAACUGCGCCGUCAGCGUGGACCAGAUCCAGGAGCUGCAUGCCCCGAUGUCCCCCAUCUCGGAGAACCCCACGUCGCCCGCCUACAGCACGGUUACACGGCUAAAGCCACACGCCUGCCAAGCACCCGGCAUCGCCCCGGCCUCCCCGGUCAUCAGAAGGUCCAGCGAGCCCCAGCUGUGCCCGGGGAGCACCAGCAAACCUCUCCCAGACCCUGCCCACAGCACCCACUCCACUCCCUGCCACGGCUACGCUCGCGCCUCCCCCUCGCCCUCCGUGAACAGCUACAGCGACCCGGACACGGGGCACUACUGCCAGCUGCACCCCACCUCCCCCGUCGGCAGGGAGCGGCCGUCCCACGACACCAAGCCAGCAAAGAGCUACGUGGAGAGGCUAAAGGUGGAGGAAGGACAGAGAGGGACUGAGAGCGGGACUUGGGGGGCUUCGUGCCCCCCUGCCAUGGAGACGUGCUCCUCCUUUAACCCUGCCGCCUUCCAGUCCCUGCUCAUCCCCCUGGAGAACAAGCCCCUGGAGAUGGCCGUGCUCAAGAAGGUCAAGGAGCUGCUGGCGGAGGUGGACGCGAAGACGUUGGCCAAGCACAUCACCAAAGUGGACUGCGUGGUCGCUCGGAUACUGGGCGUAACGGCGGAGACGCAGCGGCUCAUGGGGGUGAGCUCUGGCAUGGAGCUGCUCACCCUGCCCCACGGCCACCAGCUGCGGCUCGACCUGCUGGAACGGUUCCACACCAUGUCCAUCAUGAUCGCCGUGGACAUCCUGGGCUGCACGGGCAGCACGGAGGAGCGGGCGGCCCUGCUGCACAAAACCAUCCAGCUGGCGGCCGAGCUGAAGAGCACCAUGGGCAACAUGUUCAGCUUCGCUGCCGUGAUGAACGCCCUGGAAAUGACACAGAUCGCGCGGCUGGAGCAGACCUGGAUGGUGCUGCGGCAGCGGCACACGGAGGGCGCGAUCCUCUACGAAAAGAAGCUGAAGCCGUUCCUGAAGAGCCUGAACGAAGGCAAAGAAGGCCCCCCGCUGACCAACACCACCUUCCCCCACGUCAUGCCCCUGGUGACCCUCCUGGAGCGGGACGACGCUCUGGUGGACAACCCCGAGCCCUGGGAGAGCACGGACGACGGCGUGGAGGUGGUGAUGGCCCACCUGGAGGCGGCGCGGAUGGUGGCCCACCACGGGGGGCUGUACCACACCAACGCCGAGGUGAAGCUGCAGGGUUUCCAGGGCCGAGCGGAGCUGCUGGAGGUCUUCAGCACCGAGUUCCAGCUGCGGCUGCUGUGGGGCAGCCGCGGGGCCGAGAGCAGCCAGGCGGAGCGCUACGAGAAAUUCGACAAAGUCCUCACCGCCCUGUCCCACAAGCUGGAACCAGCGGUGCGCUUCAGCGAGCUGUAACCCACCCUCAAUGUGGAACCCCUCCGCAUUAGGGACGGGUUGGCAAUUUGGGGACAGAGAGAGGACCACAACCACCACGACCCCACGUGGCUCAGCACCAGCCGGGGGUCCUGCGGUGCUGUUAUAGGGACGAGGACAGCGCCCACGCGGUGCCCAUCGCCUCGCCCCGUAUUUUCCUCUGCUCCCACCCCUCGCCGCCUGCUGUAAAUACGUCCCCGCGGCAGUGCCGUGCUGCCCGUAGCCGCUGCCGCCCUGUACAUAGGUGUACAUAGCCCGGCCCCACACACAAUAAACCUUUGGUGCCCCC